UUUCCUUUGUACGGCGAGAUUUCCUCUCUUUGCCGUCUUUCCCUUUUCCGCUCGACAAUUUUGCUACUUCAUUUCGUUUCCCAACGGUAGAUGUCUAGUUGAUUUAUAAUGGAGAUUAAGACUUGUGGCAAGGCAAUUGAUUCUUUGCUGGAGAAGGUUUUAUGUAUGAACAUUCUUUCUUCUGAUUACUUUAAGGAGCUUUAUCGUUUGAAGACAUUCCAUGAAGUGGUUGAUGAAAUUUAUAACCAAGUUGAUCAUGUGGAGCCAUGGAUGACUGGGAACUGCCGUGGUCCUUCAACAGCAUUCUGCCUUCUGUACAAGUUUUUCACCAUGAAACUUACAGUGAAGCAAAUGCAUGGGCUAUUAAAGCACGAGGAUUCUCCUUACAUCAGAGCGAUUGGAUUCCUCUACUUGAGAUAUGUUGCAGAUACGAAAACUCUGUGGAAUUGGUUUGAACCUUAUGUUAAAGAUGAAGAGGAAUUUUCACCAGAAUCCCAUGGACGAAUGACUACAAUGGGUGUUUAUGUGCGUGAUUUGCUCCUUGGACAGUAUUACUUCGAUACCCUUUUCCCUCGUAUUCCAGUUUCUGUCUUGCGGCAAGUUGCAGCUAAUCUUGAAAAGUUGAAGCUUCCCAGCAAACAUUCUGGUGUGACAGGGGAAACCCAUCGAAUAGGGUCUGAAGAUACCGCACGGCGGCCACCUUCUGUAAAAGCGUCGCUUUCAGUUUCCUUUGGACAACGAGCCCCACAUCGUGCCUCAACUAGGGACUCAUCCCCAGUUCGUUGUACACUACCACCAUCAGUUAGUGACAGAGAUAACAAGGAUGAUCUACAAAGAUCUCCAAGCAGUCGUCAUCCUGAUAACAGGGAGAGGAGCAGGGAUAGAGAUCAUGACAGGGAGAGGAGCUCGGAUAGAGAUCACGGUAGGAAGAGGAGCAGGGAUAGUAGGGGAAAGGAUAGGGACAGAGAUCGUGAUCGAGACAGAGAGAGGUAUAGAAAUCGGGAGAGGGAUCGAGAUAGAGAUAGAGAAAGAGAGAAAGGUAGGGGUAGAGAUAGGGAGAGGGAGCGAGACAGAGAACGAAGUUAUGAUUAUGAUCGGAGGACUCAUUAUGCUGAUAGUAGAAGGGACUACAAAAGGAGUAGUCGUGAUAGUGUCACCCGGCAUUACCGAAGGAGUCGGAGCCGAAGUAGGAGCAGGAGCAGAAGUCAAAGUUUACUACAAACAGGGAAUGAUGGCUACCACAAGCGAGAGGCAAGUCCUGUAAGAGGUGGGACUACAGAGAAGACGUCUAUUAACCUGGCAAAACUCAAAGAUAUUUAUGGCGAUGUGAGGGAGGAGAAAGGGGAUUUGAGCAAAGAAAGGUUUAAUAAUAGAAGGGAUAGCAGUGGUGAAGAGGUGAUUAGAUUGGGAGGUUCCUGGAAAUAGUGAGUGAUGAUAUGCUCUAAUACAACAAGUUCACUACUCUGUUCAAUCUUGUCACUUGAGUUUUUAGUAUUCAUCUCUCCCAAAUCAAUCUAUUUCAUCAGUUGAAUGCCCGGACUUGGGCUAAAUGUAAUACAACCAUGUGGUGGUGUGUAUAAGAUCUUUCACGAAACAUUCUUUGAAGGUGUGAAAAUUUCUCGCUA